AUGGGCAUGGGGAAGGUUGCCUUGCAGGAGUUCAACGCGAGGGAUCCAAAGCUUUUCUUCCCCAGGGGGCCCUACAACGGUGACACCUCCAGCGAAGCCCGCCUUCCCGGCGUCGACGGAGAGCGGCCGAUGCGGGUGCAAGGAUCCUCCGUGCUCGUGACGUUUUCCGCCUCGUACUGGACGGGGGUCGCCCCCGCGGGAGAAGACUACGGCUGGCGGCUCGUAUGCUUCACGGCCGACGACGAUGACCACGCGAAAGCCUUGGUCUCCGAGGCAAAACGGGCGGCGGAUCGUGCGGAGGCGGUGGAUGCGGUCAACACCCUCGGGGAGACUUGCCUACACGUGGCAUCCUUCGAGGGCAACGUUCCCGCCGUGAGAUACCUCCUCUCCAUCGACGCCGACCCCAACAGCGCACACAGUGCAAGCGGCUACAACACCCCCCUCCACGAGGCAGCGAGGGGCGGGUCCCUCGCGGUGACCCGUCUGCUCCUCAAGUCCUCGGCAAACGUCCUCACGGUCAACUCGCACGGAGACCACCCCUUACACGUGGCCUGCCGAGAGGGCCACCUCGACAUCGCUCGAAGGCUCCUCGCGCACGACUCCGACUGGGCCACCGUCGCCGCUCGCAACCACGCAGGCCUCCGGCCAGUCGAGGUUGUGCCCGCCUGCUCUGCGCUCAUCGCGCUCCUCAAAGAGGUAGAGGUUAGAGCCGCGAACGCUUCCAUGGCUCAACCCGCCCUCGCCGCCAAUGCGUCACCGUCCGGGCUGCAAGCAGACCCUUGUUUCCACCAGCGUAACAACAAGAACGGGGGAGGGACACCGGUCUCCGCGGCGGGUGUUGGUAGAUUUGGUGUUGGUGGGGGUGUCCUUCGACGCCAAGCACGGGGAGGAGGGAGAAGGACCAAGUCCGGCUUAGGGAAGUUGUCGUUAUCAUCAGACGGCGCCUUGGCGAAGGCAAUGCUCUCGGGGAGCAUUCUGCCGCGGUGGGCGCGUUUGCCGCGGCCAUUCCAAGACGAAGUCCACCAACAACAAAGGUCUCUCAAAGACCGCGGCUGCCCACAAGGGUCACAGAGAAAAGGCGUUGAAGAGGUAAGGUCGGGAGGAGUGACCGACAACGCGGGAUCUGUCGCAUCGGAAGGGAGCGAUGCUCAAUCGGGCGCGGAUUGGUCGGGCACGACGUAUGGGGCCAGCCUAGCCGAGUCUGAUUUUGCGAUUCCGCCUGCGGAGGUGGUCGUCGCUGGCGGCGGCGGUGGACUUGUUCGCGGCAAGCAUAGAGGGGUAGCUCGUGAGAACACCGGAAUCGACUGA